UCACCCUCCUCCCCCCGGCGGCGGGCUGACAGCGCCCGAACUGACAGCGCGGAGCCGGGGCGUGUUCGGCGCGGCGCACCCAGCCCCGGGGCGCGGCGCGGUGCCGCCCUCCGGCCAGGCGGGAGCGGCUGCGGAAAGCGGCUGUCAGGGAGCGGGCGGCGUGUGUGUGGUGCGGGCAGCCAUGCGGCGCUGGAGGCUCCUUCCCGCGGUGGUGCUGCUCGCCGUCCUGAUCCCUGUCAGAGGCAAUUUUGAUGACUUCAGCUUAGAAGAUGCAAUUGAAACUACAAAGAAGCCUCUUCCAUCUAAGAAGCCACCACCAUCAGAUCCAGAUGAUUUCAGCUUGGAACAUGCUCUUCACCCUGAUGACCCCAAGCCAGAUCCACCUUCAAAUCCCAGAGACACUGAUAACCCAAAGCAAGGUCCACCUGCACAUCCUAAAGACACCGGCAACUUUGAUGACUCAGAUCUAGCUGGCAGUUUACCAAAAGGAGGAGGCGAUGGUAGUGGCAGCAACGAACGAAAGGGCCCAAGUCCAAAUGAAGAAACUGAGGCUUCUCAGGGAGCAAUAGCUGGAAUUGUGAGUGCUGUGGUUGCUACUGUAAUCGGAGCAGUAUCUAGUUUCAUUGCUUACCAGAAGAAGAAACUCUGUUUCAAACAAAGCGCAGAUGAAGAGAAUGUGAAUAUGGAUAGCCACCGGGGAGCGCAAUCUGAGCCACCUGUUCAGCGCACACUUCUGGAGAACUAAAGCAAAGAAAACAUGAUGAAGAACAGACCAUUGAAACUGGAUAGACAGCCUGCACUCUGCCUGAAAAAGAAAAUAAAAGAAAAAACAAGGCAAAAAAAAAAAAAGAAAAAAAAAAAAAAAGCUCAGCAUAAUAAGAAAGCAGAGUAGCAGAGUCUGAAGUUAAAUGAAACACAGUUCUUGUUUGAAACCUCUGGGAGUGUGACUUAGACCUGAGUAGUCCUGUAUGGUUUUAGACCUGAGCACUUCUGUAUGGUUAGCCCUGUGAAGCAUUUGUGCACACCAAUAUAUGGCCUUAAUGACAGGAGUGUAGAAGUAUGUCGUGCCUUUACAUUCUUUCCUGUACUCCUGUGACAAAUGGGUGUGUCACAGUGCGUUCAGUAUGUUUAACUUUUGCUUACCUCUCCAAAAACAAUAAGCAAUUAAUGUUUUGUUACACCAUUGCUUUCAGGCAGUACAAACAUAUUUUUUAAUAUUCUGCACGCAGUGAAUGUACCAACCAAACAACUUGGUAUAUGGUGUGGGCACCUGAAAGCAAAUGGCUCACUAUGUGUGGAUAAUGGACCUGGGUGUGGGUGCUGCUGAUACAAUCUGCGUAGCUGCCUGUCUCAGCCACCAGGGAAGAGAUACUUGUUCUUCAGCAUCCAAGAGACAAAAAUUCAGUUUUGUUUUUGCAUUUUUUUCAUUUCAUCUGUCUGGUACAGAUUCAGAACACCCAAACUAGUGCACACAGACCCUUCAUCCUUUCUGGCUCUUCCUGCUUAGCAAGUACUGACCUGGUCAGAUGUGGAAAAGCCUGAUUUGCAAAUCAGAACCACAAUUGGAUUUUGAACAUCUGGUGAGAUUGAUGUUUGGCUGUUCCCUGAAUAGUUGUGGACGAAGUAUUGGGAAGUGAGGAUUAAAAUCUUCAGACUUCCAUAACCAAUAACUUAACAGAAAAUAAUGUGAUACUUUGAAUUUGGAAGGCUUAGCACACACACUUAAAAGAUAGAAACAGUACUACAGUUUCUAAGUAUGUAAUAGCAAAACUGACCAGAAGAACCCAGCUUCACUCUACAAACAGCCAUUGAACAGUAUGAACAGCAUACGUGAGAAGAAUGCUUUUGGACUUGUGAAGGAUUGCCAUCAGGAUUGCAUCCUCACCUGAAAGGACUUGUGAGCUUUGCUGUGGCUCUUGAAAGCCAUAGAAAGGUUUCAAGGAUGUGUGGAAACAUGGAAAACUGCAACUCAUCACAGUUAAAGGACUAAGUCUGGGGUAAUAACUACUUCUGUCUGGAAGGAAUAGUCUGACCAGUUCUGUUGGCUUUCGUUCUAAUUGUUUCCAAUUUUCAUGCAGUUUUACAAUAUGCCUUACUAAUGUGCUUCAGCAGCCUGACAAAGUUCUACAGAAAGAUGGCAUUUCAUCUUAAAAGUCAUUAUGAAUUUGGAUAUUAAACAUGUAAAUAUAUCUGUGCAUUCAAAUAUGAAUGUAUACCAAGGAUAAUUCAUUUAAGAAUUUCUUGUACAUGUUGCUUAGCUUGCAACAAAGCCAUACAUAGAAUUUAGUAUUUUGUUAUGAAAUUCAUUUGUAAACCUCUUUUUGCCCCUCUUCCACUCUUAGAAUGAAAGUGCUAAAAACUUUAAAUGUGUUUGAGGGUGGAAAAUUGAUUUUUAUAUAAACAUUUGAUCUAUGUAAAUAAAAAUAAAUGUAUUAUUAAAGUACUUGUUACCUGAAUGAAUAAACAGGUAUCUCAUAUCAAUGCCAAGUGUGGAGAAAACAAGAAAUAAGCCAGUGAUUGUUAGGGAUAGAAUGGCAGGGGAAGCUCAAACUAGCUUUUAGCUAACCAGACUCUUGAAUCCUCCUUCAGCUUUCGCAAGCCUAAAAAUUACUUAUUAAAACCUCCUAUCAACAUUGUGAUUUUUCUAAAAAUAAAUUAAAAAUAAAUAAAUAAAAAA